AUGAUAUCCAAACCAGAACCUAGCCUCGGGCGGUAUGUUCCAGAGGAUGUCCCGUACAAUCCUACCAGAACGGUCUUGGUGGUUAUUAUAGGCGCCGGUAUUGCGGGCAUUGCCACUGCAAUUCUUCUACAGAAUAAGGUGCCGAAUUUGACGUACACGGUGGUUGACAGAAAUCCAGGUUUUGUCAGUGGGCCCUUGAUCCUUCUGCGGUGGAACAUCCUUCUAAACUCAUACUCCCAGGGUGGGACAUGGUGGGAAAACAGAUAUCCAGGAGUACGCUGCGAUGUCCCGAGCCAUGUUUACCAGCUCUCGUUCGAACCAAAUCCCAAAUGGACUGAGUUCUAUGCAAGUGGUCCUGAAAUACAAGCAUACUACGACGAAACUGCACGAAAACACGGUCUCCACGAUCAUACUCGAUUCCGACACGAGGUCACCCGCACCGAAUGGUCUCCCAAACAAGCGCAAUGGCGCGUGGAGGUCACAGAUCUUGACCGAGGAGCGUCAUUUGUUUUGGACACCGACUUCGUCGUCUCUGCGACGGGUAGGCUCAACACUGCAACCUUACCAGACAUACCUGGUCUGGACGACUUUGCUGGUCCAGUGGUGCACACAGCGACCUGGGAUCCUUCGGUAGAGUACAGAGGGAGGAGGGUUGCAGUAAUUGGUAACGGAGCAACUGGGAUGCAAAUUCUGCCUAGCGUCUUGCCAGAUGUCAAUCACAUCCACCACUUUGUUCGGUCCAGAACUUGGGUUUCACCUUACUUCCGAGGCGAUCUCUUGGUAGCGGCGGCGGACAAUCCUGGCGGAUACCAGUACUCGCAAAAAGAGUUGGAAAAUUUCGAAUCUGAGGUCGAAGCACAUUUGACGUACCGGAGAAAUCUUGACCUCAAGUUCCACAGCGGCUUCGAAGCAUACAAGACCGGCAGCGACGCAAACGCAGCGUUAAGAAAGUAG